AUGUAUUUUAUAUUAAUCUUCUUUUAUAUUAAUUCAAUUUACAGUGCCACUUGUUUCAAUGAAACCAAUGAAAGCUUUCUGACACUCAAACAUGAUUCUUUGAUCUUGAAAAAUCCUGAACAUCCACGUUAUCAAGAUCUUGAGGCCAAUUGUACUUGGGUGAUCUAUCCAAAAGCGAAUCACAUCCUUACAAUCAACGUCCGUGAUGUCGAUCUGAGCUCUAAGCACGAUUACAUAAAAAUUGAGGAACUUGUCUCGAUCAAUGAGACAGAAUAUCAGAUUCCAAUGGCUUAUAUAAACAAACAAUCUGUGGAAGACAACGAUGGAACAAGUGAGUUGAUCUUUCUGUAUGCACGAGCUCUACGAAUCAAAUUGUCACAUUUGGAAGGGUUUCUGAGAUUUCAUUUCAUGAUCCGGCAACAAGAAGAAAAUCACCUAAUGGACAGUUGCCCAAAAGACGUAGUCAUCUUCGCCAGUGAUGAGUCAAAGAUGAUCUCCACGGAACUCAAAUAUAGUUCAAGUAUUGAAGAGUGUCAACUCUUGUUGGUGGCACCAAAUGGGAAAUCGAUUGAAUUAAACACAACAGGCUCUUGGAAGUAUUUGUUCAACGAUAUUGCCCAUCUUGACCGCAUUAAGAAAAUUUCUUCAUGUAGUGAAAGCAAUGAAUCGUCAUUGUUGACUUCUUUUCAAACCUAUUCCAAUCAAGCUUUACUCCAAAUUUGUCUUAAUCACAAUGAAGACUCAAUGGCCUACAACUUUACAGUCACCGCAGUCAACGAUCGCUGUACUUGUGAAGAACACCAACUACAGCUUACCUCAAAUCAGCCAAUUAGCUUCCUACCCACGAUAUUUCCAAGUGGGACUUGCCAAGACCUUUUCUGCUACUUGUCCCUUUCCACCAAUCCUUUACCAGUGUCUCUGCCGGUGGUUCACAUCAAUCUCACAACUUUUUCAAUCGUGAUACAAACUCAGGACAUUAGCACCAGACAAGCAGAUGAGACGCCGCGCGUUUUACCACCCGUUUUCAGUGUACACUAUAAAGCGAUGGAGGUUUUUGAGUUUCGUCUCAUGUCUUAUCCAAAAGAAUGCAAAUGUUUUCCCGAAUCCGAGCAAUUUCUCAUCUUUAAUCAGCCACUCAAUACAUCACAGCGCAUUCAAUUCAACAUCUCUGAGAGUUGCGAGCUAUCUCUAGAUGAUCAGUUUGAGUCUCGUUAUGAGUUCAGCUCUGAUGAUUUCCUGGAAUAUGUAAAUCAAACACAGUACAUUUAUGUGCUAUUCACUACUAAACCCGUGCCAUUUAAGAAUUUGAAUAUCGAGAUGAAUCUCACCAUCGAUUGGGCAGAGAAAAAAAAUUGUGAAUGUGGUCAAAGAGAUCAUACAAUUGAAGAUGAACCGAUCUUUCUCGUCUCACCAAAUUUCCCUCAAAGAUAUUGUAACAAGAUGAUUUGCCAAUAUUUUGUCGAUGGGCCACUAGAUGUGACUCUUCAGUACGAAGUGAUCGAAUUCGAGAUGGAAGACAGCGAUUUGCUGUUUAUUAGCAAUUUAGAAGAGGAUAUAGAUGUUCAAGAAAUACGCCAUGCUGGACAAAAGAACACAAGUACUUCAACGUUUCAUAUUAUGUUUCGCACCGACGGAACGGACACUUUUCGAGGAUACAAAAUCAAAUUCUGGCCAAUUCACCAAAAACGAUUUAAUGUGCUGCCGAUUUUGAUUGUUUGCCUGAUUCUUGUCGCUGUUCUUGCUGGAGUUCUGUUCUAUAAGAAACAAAGCAAUCGACGACGAAGAACCCUCAUGGUCAUUCCAUACAAUGAUGAUGUUGAGAGA